AUGGCGAAGCAUAACAAGAAUACGUCCAAGGCUCCAUCAGCACCGUUGCCCACCAAGACUCAUGAUCCUAAGCAGGUCGUGUUCCAGAAGCUGGAUGAUCUCCGACUGAUGUGUCCAUCCGAGCGCCGUGGCCUAGCGAAUGGCCCUCGUGUUGGAAUCUAUAUCGGAGACGAGAAGAUCAUGGAGUUGCCGAGGCGAGCCGCCAUGGCUGCGUCUGCGGUUCUAAACACCCACCUUCGGAAGGGGAUGCAUGUUACCAACUUCAGAUUCAAGAACACCAUCCCAGACGCAAACGCGGUUCGAUUCGUGCUUGGUGACUGGCUCAGGGAGAGCUGCACGGUUGCAGAGGAGGUAGACCAAAUUCCGUCAGCAGAUACAUUCUCCCAGAACCUGAAGAGGCUCCAAGCUGCUCGUUUGCUGGGAAUGGACCGGUAUGCGACUCAUAUUCUCAUCUAUCACGUCGACUACCUGAAGACACGCCUCCCGACCUAUGAAGAGAUCUUGGAUGUCAUCAAGUUCCGCACCUCGAAUCGAGACCCGCUGUACACUGCCAUGAUCAACCAUCUGGGUUGGUUGCUGCGACGUAAAUAUAUUCCCGAUCCUGAAGAGUUCGAAAGCUUCUUACAGUUGCAUGACGAGCUCCGCCAGUCGAUCUCGAAAAACUGUGCGUACUUUGAGAAGAGGCGCCAGGAAAACGUGAAGUCGCACAAGAAAAAUUAAUUUCAUUAUUUCCCAUCAAAAGAACACCAC